UCCUGCUGUUUGUUUUCCGGCGAAGGGCCUGCCGGAACCCUGAUCAUGGAAGGCCUUCCUGCAGCCGGCUCCUUCCUUCUGAACCCAUUGCCGGAAACCUUAAACUUAGAACCCCCAGAUCAUGCAGGUGAAGUUAAGGUGGAACAAGCUCGUUUCCACGGAUACAACGGCUUCCUCCCUUCGCUACCGGACGCAGUUACACCGUCCCUCGAGGCCUUCCGUCAGUACUUUCCAGCGACCGCUCCGCAUCCUUCCGUCCCGAUUCCGGCUGCAAGGCGUCGGAAGAUUGCAUCGUCGUCGUCAUCCUACACGCUCAAGGACGUUGAGAGAAGCCUCUGCAAGCCACCGAAAGGAUUCUUUACGGAUCCGUACUCAGUAUGCUCCCCGAGGAGCGUCCUCCCUGCGGUUCCCGUCAACCGGCAGUCUACGGCUCCUUCUGAGGCGGCGAGGAUCCGCCGGAGGAAAAUCAGCGAACGGACGCGCGCUCUAGAGAGGCUGAUGCCUUGGUCCGCUAAGAUGGACACAGCUACGAUGCUGGAGAAUGCGUUCAAGUACGUCAAGUUCCUGCAGGCGCAGGUGAGCGUCCUGAAAUCGAUGCCGGAGAAGUCGGGGCCGUUCGUGGCUCGGUUCGCGUCGCCGUCGACUCUGGGGACCGCGGGCGCCUCCAUCUUCGAUCGCAUCCCGAGGCAUCAACUCCUUCACAUCCUGGUGACGUCCCCGAACGUGCAGAAACGGCUCCUAGAAGGCGAGAAUUGUAUCGUCUCUGUGGAGCAACUGGUGCAGAUGGCUCAGUGGGCACCCUUCCUGCAUGAACCAUGAAG